GUGGGGGGGAGGAACAUGGCGCAAGCUCUGUCUGAGGAGGAGUUUCAGCGGAUGCAGGCUCAGCUCCUGGAACUCCGGACAAAUAAUUACCAGCUUUCAGAUGAAUUACGCAAGAAUGGCGUUGAGCUCACCAGUCUUCGACAGAAGGUCACCUACCUGGAUAAGGAGUUCAACAAAGCUCAGAAGGCACUGAGCAAGAGCAAGAAAGCUCAGGAAGUCGAAGGGCUACUGAGUGAAAAUGAGAUGCUGCAGGCAAAGCUGCACAGCCAGGAGGAGGACUUUCGUUUGCAGAACAGCACGCUUAUGGCGGAGUUCAGCAAGCUCUGCAGCCAGAUGGAGCAGCUGGAGCGGGAGAACCAGCAACUGAAGGAUGGGGCUGCCAGGGCAGGCACUGCCCAGGCUGGGGGUCUUGUGGAUGGCGAGCUGCUGAGACUGCAGGCGGAGAACACGGCCUUGCAGAAAAAUGUGGCAGCCCUGCAGGAACGCUAUGGGAAAGAGGCUGGGAGAGCCCAAGCUGCCAGUGAGGGCCAAGGGGACCCCCCGGGGGGCCCCGCCCCCACUGUCCCAGCCCCCAUGCCACUGGCAGAAGUGGAGUUGAAAUGGGAAAUGGAGAAGGAAGAAAAGAGAUUGCUCUGGGAGCAACUACAAGGCUUGGAGAGCUCGAAGCAGGCAGAAACAUCCAGGCUGCAGGAGGAACUUGCUAAGCUAUCUGAGAAACUGAAAAAGAAACAAGAAAGUUUCUGCCGUCUGCAGACAGAAAAGGAGACACUAUUCAACGACAGCCGGAAUAAGAUUGAGGAGUUACAGCAAAGGAAGGAAGCAGAUCUCAAAGCCCAGUUGGCUCGCACUCAGAAGCUGCAGCAGGAACUCGAGGCUGCCAAUCAGAGCUUGGUGGAACUGAGAGAUCAGCGGCAGGGGGAGCGCCUGGAGCAUGCAGCAGCUCUGCGAGCCCUACAGGAUCAGGUGUCCAUCCAGAGUGCAGAUGCACAGGAACAAGUAGAAGGACUUUUGGCUGAGAACAACGCCUUGAGGACCAGCCUGGCUGCCCUGGAGCAGAUCCAAACAGCAAAGACCCAAGAACUCAAUACACUGCGGGAUGAGAAUGCCGGUCUGGCGGCUGAUUUGCAGCAGCGGCAGACUGAGUAUGAGGACCUCAUGGGACAGAAGGAUGACCUCAACUCCCAACUGCAGGAGUCACUGCGGGCCAAUAGUCGGCUUCUGGAGCAACUUCAAGAAAUCGGGCAGGAGAAGGAGCAAUUGACCCAUGAGCUGCAGGAGGCUCGGAAGAGUGCCGAAAAGCGGAAGGCCAUGCUGGACGAGCUGGCUAUGGAGACGCUGCAGGAGAAGUCCCAGCAUAAGGAAGAGCUGGGCGCGGUCCGACUGAGGCAUGAGAAGGAGGUGCUGGGGGUGCGUGCGCGCUACGAGCGGGAGCUCCGAGAGCUGCAUGAAGACAAGAAGCGGCAAGAGGAGGAGCUCCGCGGGCAGAUCCGUGAGGAGAAGGCCCGAACUCGAGAACUGGAGAAUCUCCAGCAGACCGUGGAAGAACUUCAAGCUCAGGUACAUUCUAUGGAUGGAGCCAAGGGCUGGUUUGAACGACGCUUGAAAGAGGCCGAGGAAUCCCUGCAGCAGCAGCAGCAGGAGCAAGAGGAAACCCUCAAGCAGUGCCGGGAGCAGCACGCUGGCGAGCUGAAGAGCAAGGAGGAGGAGCUGCAGGGGGUGCGGGAUCAGCUCCAGCAGGCCCAAGAGGAGAGGGACUGCCACCUGAAGACCAUCAGCAACCUGAAACAGGAGGUGAAGGACACAGUGGAUGGGCAGCGGAUCCUGGAGAAGAAGGGCAGUGCUGCGCUCAAGGACCUCAAGCGGCAGCUGCACCUGGAGCGGAAAAGGGCUGAUAAGCUGCAGGAGCGGCUGCAGGACAUCCUUACCAACAGCAAGAGCCGCUCUGGCCUCGAGGAGCUGGUUCUCUCAGAGAUGAACUCGCCCAGCCGGACCCAGACUGGGGACAGCAGUAGCGUCUCCUCCUUUAGCUACCGGGAGAUUUUGCGGGAGAAGGAAAGCUCAACUGUUCCAGCCAGGUCCUUAUCCAGCAGCCCUCAGGCCCAGCCUCCGCGGCCAGCCGAGCUGUCCGAUGAGGAAGUGGCUGAGCUCUUUCAGCGCCUGGCAGAGACACAGCAGGAGAAAUGGAUGCUGGAGGAGAAGGUGUCUUCUGCCUCCUUGUCCUCACUUGGCACACCCUUGGUGGGGAGGCUGGGGUGGGCCGGGGGGUUGUGUGGCUGGGCCCCUUAUGAUGUGCGAACAUUCUGGGCUGGCCCGCAGGUGAAGCACCUGGAGGUGAGCAGUGCCUCCAUGGCGGAGGACCUUUGUCGGAAGAGUGCCAUCAUCGAGACCUAUGUCAUGGAUAGCCGGAUCGAUGUGUCUGUGGCGGCAGGCCACACGGACCGCAGUGGGCUGGGCAGUGUCCUGAGAGACCUCGUGAAGCCAGGUGAUGAGAACCUUCGGGAAAUGAACAAGAAGCUCCAGAACAUGCUGGAGGAGCAACUCACCAAGAACAUGCACUUGCACAAGGACAUCGAAGUUCUCUCCCAGGAGAUUGUGCGGCUCAGCAAGGAGUGCGUGGGGUCACCUGACCCAGACCUAGAACCAGGAGAAGCCAGCUAAAGACCUGCAGGCUGCAGCUGCUCCCUCCCCUCCCCCCUCCCAGGACAACUUGCCCUUGGGCUCUGGUGGGAAAAUGGGGCCAAAAUCAAAUAGGUUGGGAGACUGCACAUUAAAGGGGCUGGAGGCCUGAUGGUUGGUGUUAGUGACCCUGUUUUAGGGCAAAAGCCCUCGGGGAGUGGGGAUCCUGAGGGGAGGGGCAGGGAUUUCUCAUCUUUCUUGGCCCUGGCUCCCAGAGGCCUUUGCCUUCACCUCUGCAUGAGCUCUCCCUCCCCAGAGACCAACUCUUUUUUAUUUUAUUUUAUUUUUUAAUUUAUGUCUGGAAGCCUGGCUACUCUGCAUUUGGGAUCGGGGAUGUUUGGGUGGGGAGCGGUCCUUGUUAGCGUUCUAGCAACGUGUGUGUGUGUGUGUGCGCGCGCGCGCGUGUGUGUAAAGGCUGCAGCCAAAAUACCAUCUGGCCAGACGGGCCCACCCAC